UGGUUUGGUUUUGAGCACCCUGGCUGAGGGGGCGAGUUUUAAGUUUUUGAGUUGUAGCCUUGUAGGGUUGUGAAGGAAGCAGGUUUGAGAUUUUUGUGAUGGAGGAAGAGGAUGAAGAUGGAAGCAUUGAAAGCUUAUUAAGAUGGGCAUCACAUAUUGGAAUCUCGGAUGCAUCAACAACCACCCACCAUUCUCUCUCUCUGGGUUCUUCUCUCUUUGUCUCUCACUUUCCUCACUCUGGAGGUAGAGGUUUGGCUGCUGUAAGAGACCUUAGGAUGGGGGAACUCAUUCUCAGAGUUCCAAAAUCUGCUUUGAUGACAACUCAUAGUGUUAUGCAACAUACAAAUCUCUCUCAAGCUCUUAAUAGGCACCCUUCUCUUUCUUCAACCCAGAUACUGAAUGUUUGCCUGUUGUAUGAAGUUGGAAAAGGAAAGGCUUCGAGGUGGUAUCCUUACCUCAUGCAUUUACCAAAGAGUUAUGACAUCCUAGCCAUGUUUGGUGAAUUCGAGAAAACUGCUCUGCAAGUGGAUGAGGCUAUAUGGGUAACUGAAAAAGCCGUGCUAAAAACCAAAUCAGAUUGGCAGCAAGCUCAUGCUUUGAUGGAAGAUCUCAAAUUUAAGCCCCGGCUUCUAACAUUUAAGGCUUGGGUGUGGGCUUCUGCAACGAUAUCUUCCCGGACAUUGCAUAUACCGUGGGAUUCAGCUGGGUGUUUAUGCCCUGUGGGUGACUUGUUUAAUUAUGAUGCACCUGGAAAGGAGCCAUCUGACAUUGGGGAUCUAGAGGAUUUGCUAUCUAGCUCUUCAAUCCAUGAUGGUUCCUUAUCAAAUGAAGACAAUACUACAGUCGCAGAUGCAGAGCAGCUUGAUUCCCAGUCUCAGAGAUUAACAGAUGGGGGGUUUGAAGAAGAUGCUAAUGCAUAUUGCUUUUAUGCUAGGGCAAAUUACAAUAAAGGAGAUCAGGUUCUGCUAUGUUAUGGAACUUACACAAAUUUAGAGCUUCUUGAACACUAUGGUUUUAUCCUACAAGAAAAUCCAAAUGAUAAAGUGUUUAUUCCUCUGGAACCUGCUGUGUAUUCUUCCACUUCUUGGUCCAGGGAAUCAUUGUACAUCCAUUACAAUGGGAAGCCUUCCUUUGCGCUACUAGCUGCAUUGCGGCUGUGGGCGACUCCUCAAAUCAAGAGGAGGUCUGUUGCACAUCUUGUUUAUUCCGGAUCUAAAAUCUCCGCAGACAAUGAAAAUUUCAUCAUGAAAUGGCUAUUGAAGACUUGCCAUGGCGUCUUAAAGAAUUUGCCAACAUCUAUUGAAGAUGACACCUUGCUCCUGAAUGCAAUGGAUAAUAGUCAAGAUUUUUGUACUUUUUUGGAGGUUACAAAACUCAUGUCUUUACGGGAUGAAGUUGAUACCUUCUUAGAAGCUCAUAAUAUGAAGGAUAAAUGUAGUGAUAGCAGUAUAGUUUUAUCUAGAAAAACAAGGUGGUCUAUGGAUAAGUGGAAGUUGAGUAUUCAAUGGAGAAUCAAUUAUAAGAAAGUCCUCCUUGAUUGUAUCUCUUAUUGUAGUCAAAUAUUAGAUUCUCUCGUGGAAUAAUACUGCUAUUACUUCACUGCCUUCUUAAUUAUUUCAAGAAUUUCUGAGAUUUUAUUAUCAA